AUGAGUGAUUCGAGCUCGUCAGGCGUACCUUCAGAUUCAGAUGAGUCUCCAAAACCAGAGGUACACGAAACACCAGAAGAAGCUCCAAAAGAGCCAACUCCAGCUCCAGCCGCAGCCCCAGCAGAGCAAAAACCAGCCGAAAAACCUAAGCCGAGACAAAAGAGAAAAGAUGAUUUCAAUCUCGGCCAGGUUAUUGGUCAAGGCGCAUUCGGUCAAGUCUUAGAAGUCGAAGAUAAGGAAACAUUAAAACAUUAUGCAAUGAAAGUUUUGCUUAAAAGCCACAUCAUGCGUGAAAAGAAGAUGAAUUAUGUUACAAUCGAGAGAGAUGCAAUGACGAAACUCAAUCAUCCAAACAUUGUAAAAUUAUACUUGACAUUCCAAGAUCCCGGCAACCUCUUCUACGUUGUCGAGCUUGCUCCUAAUGGCGACCUCCAGAAGGUUAUCGCUGAGUACCACACACUCUGCAUUCCUGCUGCAAAAGUUCUUUUAGGACAAGUUCUUCUUGCUAUUGCACAUAUGCAUAAAAAGAGAAUCAUGCAUCGUGAUCUCAAGCCAGAAAACAUCCUUCUUGACAGCGAGAAUCGUGUUAAAAUUACAGAUUUUGGUACUGCCAAGAUAUUCGGCCCAGAUCAGGAAUUCCGCUCCGAACGCGGCUCUUUCGUAGGAAGCGCUGACUAUGUUUCACCAGAAACCCUCAAGGAAACGCCCAUCACCCCUUCAUCCGAUCUUUGGUCUUACGGAUGCAUUGUAUAUGCAUUAUUAACUGGCGAAGGACCAUUCCAUACAGAAUCUUCAUACGCAACAUUCCAACGUAUCGAAUCCAACGAUUUCAAAGUUCCAGAUUUCGUUCCAGAGGACGCAAAGGAUCUUAUCGAAAAGCUCUUGAAGCUCGACCCUACGGAACGUCUUGGUCACGAAACCUACGACGAAGAUUACAAGCCGAUUCGCGAUCAUCCAUUUUUCGCCGGCAUAGAUUGGGAUUCUCUUCCACUUACACCACCUCCUAAAUUUGCUCCACUUGUAGAGCGCGAAGAGGAGCCUGUUAAGGAGGAAAAGCCAGUACAAGAAGAGAAACCAGUCCAAGAGGAAGAACCAGUCUUCCAAAAGAAGAGCCACAUGGAACAGUUCCUUCUCUCUGGCGAACACAUUAUAUACGAAGGAGAUAUCCAAAAGAGAGUCUUCUUAUCCGUCAAAAAUAGAAGACUUAUCCUUACAGACAGACCAAGAUUGUUCUACGUCGAUCUUAAGGAGAAUAAGAUCAAAGGAUCAAUUACAAUCUGCAAGGAAUUGGAAGUUAAGAUCGUAUCUAAAACGAAAUGGAACAUUAUCAUUCCGGAGAGAACUUAUAACCUAAUCUCCGAGGACUGCGAUAUCAAUCAAUGGAAGAAGGUUAUAGAGGAAGUUGUUGCUAAGAUUUGA